AUGCCCAGCAACUACCAGAACUACCUGGCCUUCGCCUUUGCCAUAGACGAGAUCAACAGGAACCCUCAUCUCUUACCCAACAUCUCUCUGGGCUAUGAGUUCCAUAAUUUCCUCUACAGUCAUUGGAGGAUACUAGAGAAUUCCUUCAUUUUGCUCACAGGACAACACGAGAUCCCUAAUUACAUGUGUGGGACAGAGAGCAGGUGUUCAGCAGUCCUGACAGAAAUGCUGGGGGGAACCUCAGCUCAGAUUGGACCAUUACUGGAGCUCUACAGAUUUCCACAGGUCACCUUUGGCUCAUUUGACCCUACACUGAUGGACAAUGGCCAGUUUCCUUCUCUCCACCAGGUGGCCCCAAAGGACACAUAUUUGGCCCUUGCCAUGGUGUCCUUGAUGCUUCAUUUCCGCUGGACCUGGGUGGGCCUGCUCAUCACAGAAGGUCAUAAGAGUCUUCAGUUUCUCUCAGAUAUAAGAGCUGAGAUGGACAGGAACAGAAUCUGUGCAGCCUUCGUGAAAAUGGUGUCCACUGGGGCUGUGUCCUAUGUCUCGUAUACAGAGAACCGUGAUAUCCUGACUGCAGAAAUAUCAUCUGUCAAAGUAGUGGUUAUUUACUAUGAUACUGACAGUCAAAACGAUAUGAACUAUAGCGUAUGGCAACAGUUAGUGAUGUGGAAAGUCUGGGUGACAAACUCACAGUGGCAUGCUGACCUGUCUGGGAGAGAUUUCAUACUCGACCCAUUCCAUGGGAUUCUUGUUUUUUCACACCACCAUGAAGAGAUUUUAGGUUUCAAAAAUUUUGUCCAGGCAGCUACCCCUUUCAAGUACCCAGAGGACACUUACCUCGUUAUAUAUUGGUCCAAGAAUUUUGAUUGCUCCUUCUCUGAGUCUGACUGCGCCUUGAAGAACUGUCCACCUAACGCUUCUAUGACUUGGUUGCCUCUGAAUCGUUUUGACACAGCCAUGAGUGACAGGAGCUACAAUAUAUACAAUGCUGUGCAUGCAGUGGGCCAUGCCCUCCAGGCCAUGCUUUUUGAAGAAGUACAAAGAUCACCAUUGAGAAAUAGACAAGUGAUGAUGUUUUCCCCCUGGCAGCUGCAUCCUUUUCUAAAGAAUGUCCAGUUUACCAAUACUGCUGGAGAUCAAGUGAACUUGGAUGACACAAGAAAACUGGAUUCAGAGUAUGAUAUUAUCAAUUUUUGGAAUUUUCCAGAAGGCCUUAGACUUAAGGUUAAGCUAGGCUCAUUUUCCUAUUAUGCUCCACGUGGCCAACAGCUCGCUUUAUCUGAAGAUAUGAUAGAGUGGUCUACAGGAAUCACAGAGGCUCCCCGAUCAGUCUGCAGUGAGAGGUGCAAUCCUGGAUACAGAAAGAGCCCUCAAGAGGGAAAGGCUGCCUGCUGUUUCGAUUGCAUCCUUUGUGCAGAAAAUGAGAUCUCCAAUGACACAGCUGAUAUGGAGCAGUGUGUGAAGUGUCCAGAUCAUCAGUAUACCAACAUUCACAGAAAUCACUGUUUUCAAAAAGUUGUGUCUUUUCUGGCUUAUGAAGACCCCCUGGGGAAGGCUCUGGCUGGCACUGCCCUGAGCUUCACUGUCCUCACAGCUGCUGUUCUUGGGCUCUUUGUGAAUCACAGAGACACUCCCAUCGUCAAGGCCAACAACAGGGCUCUCAGCUACACCCUGCUCAUCUCCCUCACCUGCUGUUUCCUCUGCUCCUUGCUCUUCAUUGGCCGGCCCAACACAGGCACCUGCAUCCUGCAGCAGACCACGUUUGGACUUGUGUUCACUGUGGCUGUUUCCACUGUCUUGGCCAAAACCAUUACUGUGGUGCUGGCCUUCAAGGUCACUGCUCCAGGCAGAAGAAUAAGGAAAGUGUUGAUAUCAGGGGCCCCUAACUUCAUCAUCCCCAUCUGCUCGCUGACCCAGCUCACUCUCUAUGGAGUCUGGAUGGGGACAAAUCCACCUUACAUCGACACAGAUGCACACUCUGAACAGGGUCACAUCAUCAUCGAGUGCAACAAGGGCUCCCUCACUGCCUUCUACUGUGUCCUGGGAUACCUGGGCUCCCUGGCCCUGGCGAGUUUCACUGUGGCUUUCCUGGCCAGGAACCUGCCUGACACCUUCAAUGAAGCCAAGUUCCUGACGUUCAGCAUGCUGGUGUUCUGCAGUGUGUGGGUCACCUUCCUGCCAGUGUACCACAGCAGCAAGGGGAAGGCCAUGGUGGCCAUGGAGGUCUUUGCCAUCUUGGCCUCCAGUGCAGGGCUGCUGGGCUGCAUCUUUGUCCCCAAGUGCUACAUUAUUCUGUUAAGACCAGAGAGAAAUUCUCUGACUAGAAUCAGGGACAAGAAAUAUUCUGUGAGAAAGGGCCUUUCUUAUCAUUAA